AUGAAAGCUCUGGACAUUCAAAUCAAGAAUAAAUAUCGCGUUGAGCGCAAGAUUGGAGAAGGAGGCUUCGGUGAGGUCUACUCUGGUAUCGAUCUCAACACCGAUGAGGAGAUCGCUAUCAAGCUCCAAUACAUCGGAGACAACAUGCCUAUUCUUGAGCGAGAGGCCGAUAUCUACAAGGAUCUUUCUGGCGGGGUCGGCAUACCAUGCGUCCGCUGGUAUGGGGAGGAGUGCGACUUCUAUGCCAUGAUUUUUGAUCUACUAGGCCCGAGCCUAGAAGACCUUUUCAACUUUUGCGACCGACAAUUCUCUCUAAAGACGGUACUCCUCCUUGCCGACCAAUUAAUCCCCCGCAUCGAAUAUAUCCACUCUAAAUCCUAUAUCCAUCGUGAUAUAAAACCCGAAAACUUCUUAAUGGGAACCGGCAAGCUUGGAAAUCUGGUACAUGUCAUUGAUUUUGAUACUGCAAAGGAGUACAGAGAUCCAGAAACGGGAGUCCAUAAGCCACGUUACGAUAAUUGCAAAUUCGGAGGAACAAGCCGCUAUGCUACCAUUAAUAAUCAUCUUGAAGUCGAGCAAUCCCGCCGCGACGACCUCGAAUCCCUUGGAUAUAUGAUGAUUUACUUUGUCCGCGGCUCUUUGCCCUGGCAAAGCCUGAAGGCGGCGACGGAGGACGAGAGAAACCGGUGCAUUAAAGAGAAGAAGAUACACACCUCGAUCAAGGAGCUUUGCCGUCAGCUCCCAAAGGAAUUCGCAACCUAUCUCAAUUAUGUCCGUAAUUUGGAUUUUGACGAACCACCUAACUACCCCUAUCUUCGUAAACUCUUUAGCGAUCUCUUCGUGCGCAAAAAAUUUGAGUAUGACGAUGUAUUCGACUGGACGAUUAAGAAGUACUUCAUGAUUCAUGAGUGCAUCGACCCGCCGUCUACAAUUCAAACCCGAAGUACGACAAAAGGUAAUAAGAGUCAAUACUCUUCCGCUGAAGCGGCAUCUGGUGGUCAGUCACGUCCUUUGUCAGGUCAAUCUAUCGGUCAGAGAGUCUCAAAACGCACUAGGAUUGGAAGAUUAGGCAAUCCAGGGGCUUGCAAGAAACGACAAACUUAG